AUGAAUUUUCAAAGAUUUUUUCUAGCGAUAGUGCUUGUUCAAGGACGUUUUUUUCGUGAAGAGCGCGAAGAUAAUUCGACGACGGAAGCUAUUGACAUUUUGACAACAGCUGCAGCAACAGAUAUACCUUUGGAGUCAGUUGCAACAGAGGAGCCCGUUGAAUCAUCAACAUCAUCAUCAACAACAACAUCAACAACGACAACAACAACUACUACAACGACAACAGAAACAACCACGCCGCCAGAAGAAAUCGUAGAAGAAUCCACAACAGAAAUUUUCAUUUCUGUGAACACAACAGAUUUAGAUGAUGAAAGCGGAUCUGGAGGAUGCUCCACUGGAUGCAUCAUUGGAGCUGUUGUUGGAGGUGUAUUCGGUGCAUUGCUUAUUAUCUUGGCUCUUUGCAGCUGCUUUAGCACAAAGAAAGAAGUCGCCCCUACUGAAGUGAACAACUCAAUCUCCUCUUCUGCAUCAUCUUCCUCGAACUCAUCGGGAGCUUCCUCUAGAAAAAAUUCCGAAAGCGACGAAAACUGA